AUGUUGGCUUCGGCGCACGAAUGUUAUGAACUCAACGUAGGUAUAUUGACUAAUGAAGUGUAUGUGCCGUCCCAUAGGAAGUGUCCGUAUCCGUUGGCCUUUGCUUUGGCCUCAAUAGUGGCCCGAAAGCUAGGUUUGGCCGAAACCAGUGGCGAAUCUCACGACUGUGUGGACAACACGAAACCAGGCCUUCACUCAAAUGAAUUGUACUCUCAAUCACUGGAAUACUUAACCGAAUACAUAAACACGUGGAAAGAGAACCCGGAGCUGGCCGUCGAGACCGCCAAAGAAUAUUCCGGACAAACAUUUGUCUCAUCGCUCUGUGCUAUCAAGAAUACCCGCAGGAAGAUGGAGGACAGGCAUGUCGUGCUCCACGACCUCAAUAAAGCACUCAAUCUGAAAACAAGCAAACAAUACAACUAUUACGCGAUAUUUGACGGGCACGCGGGUGUCGACGCUGCCAGCUAUCUGUCGGCCCACUUGCACCACACGUUAGUCAAGACUCAGGCGUUUCUGGACGGGGAUAUAGUGGCGGCGUUCAAGGAGGCCUUCUCUAUCACUGAUCUGCACUACUUGGAGCGGUCGGCCCGGGAGUCCAGGAAAAGCGGGUCGACCGCUCUGUGCGCGCUCGUCGAGGACCAGAAGAAGCUGUGGAUCGCAUGGUUGGGCGACUCGCAGGCCGUGGUCGUCAAGAAUGGCCGACCCAUUGAUGUGAUGACUCCGCAUAAGCCGGAGCUCGAAGAGGAGCGCAAACGGAUUGAAGAGUUGGGAGGUUUCGUGGCGUAUGUCGACACCUGGAGAGUGAACGGCACGCUAGCCGUGUCGCGAGCUGUUGGAGACCCCGAGCAUAAGCCGUACAUCAGCUCAGAGCCCGAUGUCACUGAACUGGUGAUUGGCUCGGACACUGACUUCUUGAUACUGGCCUGCGAUGGACUCUGGGAUCAGUUGACGGCAGACGACGCCACGUCUCUGGUCUACGAGUAUGUCUGUCAACACGAGGACUAUAGCGCCCAACAAAUCUCUGAAGGAAUUGCCGCACAUCUGUCCAAAGCGGCCAAAGAUGACGGUUCCAGUGAUAACAUCACAACGAUUGUGAUAUUUUUUAAAGAUAUGGAUCAACUGAGAGCCACGGAUUUCAAACCAAUGUCUCCGAAAGAGACCAACGGUUUGAACGGAAAUGGUUUCCAAUACAACGACUCGCAGUUCGAGCAAAUGCUUAAGAAUGGCAACAAUCCGUUUGAUUUGAGUUCGUGUGGACCUCUGAGUUGGAGUACAGGUUCACAGGACUUGAAUAAAGCGAAACUCAACUUUGAGAUGAGCGACGACUCACUGAUGGGAAUGAAUGAUAAGAACAGUGCGAAUGAGGUGUCGAGAGAUGACUCCAAUAAUCCAUUCAAUGUUUCCUAUGAUUUGAAUGCAAACUCCAAUAAAGUUGGAAACGAUUUCCUCGAACCCAUUGGUAAUAACGAGUCGUUUUCAAGGGAACAGACAAAUAGUUUUGUAGUGAACGACAGACUCGACGAACAGCUUAUCGGUAACGCAAAUAACAGCGAACUUCACAGCGAUUCGCAGAUCAAUAUCUCGAAGAUAUCAGAAAUUUCGACAUCUUUUGUAACCCAAGCGGACGUGCAUUCAGACCAUUCAGAGCAGGCGUUUGCCUCAACACCCAUCAGGACGUCGGAACCGUUUGUUGACUACAACUCCAUGAGUGGCGACGCUCUCGACAACAACAUGUCGUCAAUAAUCUUCAAUCAGGACUCGAAUCAAACGUCUGAACCGAUUAUCAACCCGAAUGUCGCUCAAGAUGUUGAUGUCGUGGACCGCACGCGAGAGUCGUUUGAGACGGCGGACACCCAUUUGGAUAUGAGUAACAGUUUCGACAAAAGCGGUUACACCACAGCCUUCGAGCAGGACAUUGACCAACACCUGAGCCCCGAACCCAAUGAUGUGACGCCAACCCAAUCACCCGUCAAACUGGAAGAGGUGUGCGAAAAGGUGUUCAACGAUGUGGUCGACGACACCAACUAUGGCUACAAUGAUGUGAGUUCUGGAGCCGAAAGCGUCGAUUCCAUUAUAUGA